AUGGUCUUGGAGUACUCGCGGAUCCCAGCUCAACAUGAUGCAGUUACUAGGCGUCACCUUGUUGCUCUGGCUUUCUGUGAUCGCCAAAUGCAGUUCGGUCACCAUCACAAUCCCUCUGGGGUAUCAUAUGUUGGAGUUCGAAAUACGACCAGCAAGCAAGACAUCUUCUAUGGCAUUCCAUAUGCCCAACCGCCGGUCGGUCCAUUGCGGUUUAAACCACCCCAAGCUUGGGCCCCAGCUAGCAAUCAUACCCUCGUUAACGCAACCGCCAACCGACCUGUUUGUAUCCAGAGCACUCCAAUCGAUGACUCUCCCGUCUCAGAGGAUUGUCUUUAUCUGAGCGUAUGGAAACCAAACAACAUUACCAUGAAGCUACCGGUCAUGGUCUGGAUAUACGGGGGCGGCUUCCUCAACGGAUCAACACUAUGGUAUCCAGGAGAAGCAAUAUUAAAUACUGCGUUCCAGCUAGGCAAACCUGUUAUUUAUGUGGCCAUGAACUACCGUCUUGGCAUUUACGGAUUUCCACCGGGUAAACAAUCCGAGGCUGCCGGCGCGCUCAAUCUAGGUCUCAAAGACCAGCGUUUGGCCCUGGAAUGGGUUAAGAAGAACAUUGGCCUAUUUGGCGGGGAUGCCGAUAGGGUAAUGAUAUUUGGUGAAUCAGCCGGCGCCAUGAGCGUAGCGUAUCAAAUGAUGUACAAGGAUGGAAAGCACGGUGGCGUAUUCCGAACGGCCUUGAUGGAAAGUGGUGCUCCUUCCACAUACGCCGCUCUGCCUGCCUCGUACCCACCCCGACAAACUGCUUACAAUUUUAUCGCCAAUGCUACUGGGUGUGCUCCGAAUAAUUUCGAAUGCUUACGAAAAGCAAAUUCGGAUACGUUAAAAGAAGCGAAUUACAAUCUGUUCAAGCUCCCACCGGACCUUCGGUCCCCCGAUCCAUACCCGUCUGCUAUCGGCCCCACUCUCUCACCAGGAGAUCCUUUUCUAACGCGCUCACCUAAAGAAACAAUCCGAAGAGGAAAUUUUACCCAAAUUCCUUUUGUAUGCGGUACAAACCUGGAUGAGGGCACCAUUUUCACUACAAAUCCAGAAACUACGGAAGAUGUGGUGGCAUUCCUGACGGCUCAGCUGCCCGGUCUUACUUUUGGUAUCACUAAUAAGACAGCAGUAAACCAACUCUUGAAGUACUACCCUGCUCACCCAAGCGCCGGGUCACCUUAUAAUACUGGCAACAAUACAUUCGGCAAAGCUUCCCAGUAUAAAAGGGCCGCGAGCAUAAUCGGUGAUCUGGUUUUUGAUGCACCUCGAAGGGAUUUCUUACAGGUUGCAACCAAGCUUGGUGUUUCGGCAUGGUCAUACCAAUGGGCUCAAGCUGGCCUGGAUUUACCUGAAUUCGGCGCCGCUCACUCUUUUGACCUUGCCUUCGUCUUUCAACAGCGUUGGGAAGGAAUGACUCAGUCUCUCAUUGACCUGAGCGUUGCUAUGAUCGAUUAUUGGAUUACCCUCGCAUACAAACUUGACCCCGGUGCAACCGCAAAUCCAAACCGUGCUGCUUGGCCGAAAUACGGCACUGUGGGAAAGUCGCUGAAACUUGAAGCGGGAAUAUAA